UACAACUCCCACAAGCCCCCUCGGCGGCGGGCCGCAGCCCGGCCCUGGGUGGAGGCGGAGGCGGAGGCGCGGGAGUCAUGGAGGGGGCGGGCUCUGCAGGGAAGUGCGUCAGAGGAGGCGCGGGGAGAGUAGGGUGCUGUGGUCUGAGCUGGAGGGUGAAGCUGGUGGAGCAAGAGGAUGGGCGAGCAGUCUGAAUGCCAGAAUGGAUAACCGUUUUGCUACAGCAUUUGUAAUUGCUUGUGUGCUCAGUCUCAUUUCCACCAUCUACAUGGCAGCCUCGAUUGGCACAGACUUCUGGUAUGAAUAUCGAAGUCCAGUUCAAGAAAAUUCCAGUGAUUUGAACAAAAGCAUCUGGGACGACUUCAUUAGUGAUGAAGCCGAUGAAAAGACUUAUAAUGAUGCACUUUUUCGAUAUAAUGGCACAGUGGGAUUGUGGAGACGGUGUAUCACCAUACCCAAAAACACACAUUGGUAUAGCCCACCAGAAAGGACAGAGUCAUUUGAUGUGGUCACAAAAUGCAUGGCUUUCACAUUAACUGAGCAGUUCAUGGAGAAAUUUGUUGAUCCUGGAAACCACAAUAGUGGAAUUGAUCUACUUCGGACCUAUCUUUGGCGUUGCCAGUUCCUUUUACCUUUUGUUAGUUUAGGUUUGAUGUGCUUUGGAGCUUUGAUUGGACUUUGUGCUUGUAUUUGCCGAAGCUUGUAUCCCACCAUUGCCACGGGCAUUCUCCAUCUCCUUGCAGGUCUGUGUACAUUGGGCUCAGUAAGUUGUUACGUUGCUGGAAUUGAACUACUCCACCAGAAACUAGAGCUGCCUGAGAAUGUGUCCGGUGAAUUUGGAUGGUCCUUCUGCCUGGCUUGCGUCUCAGCUCCCUUACAGUUCAUGGCUUCUGCUCUCUUCAUCUGGGCCGCUCACACCAACCGGAAAGAGUAUACCUUAAUGAAGGCAUAUCGUGUGGCGUGAGCGGGAAGCUGCCUGCUUUACAAUUGCCAUUUUUAUUAUUUUUUUAAUAAUGACAUUUACCCUUACCUCCCUUUCAUUUGUUUUUAAUUUAAUUUUUAUUUUUUUGGUGGAUAUACCAUUUUAUUCUGAAAAUCCAUUUUAUUUAUACACACACACCACUAAAUGUGCACUUAAUACUACUAAAAUGUAUGUGGUUUACUCUAAGUGAUUCCAUCUUUCAAACAAACUAAUGUAGAUUGAAGAGUCCAGACAGAAAGAAAUGGGUAGAGACUUGGCACAAAUUUUUGAAAAUUGGCAGUAGGAAAUUGACUGAAAACAAGUUCUGCUAAUAUCUGUUAGAUUUUUCAGUAAAAGUAAAGUAACUCUGUCUGUUCAACUACAAACUCUUUAGUUUCUUUGGGAAACCUCUUAUUGUCAAAACUUCAUGUUUACUUUGCUCUUGUAGAUAGCCAGUCAGCCAGUGGUAUUAGUGCUAUUUUCAAAGAUUUAAGAUAUAUAAAAUUGAGAAAUUAUCUAUGAUCCUUUUCCCUAAACAUUGACACAUAGCUUCAUCUGAGGUGAAAUAUGGCAGCUGUUUAUACUGUGUCUGUCUACAAGAAGUGAAAAAUAUAGUGUUUACUUUAAAUUUUAACUUUGUAAUUGCAAGAAUUCAGCCAGACACGAGGGUUAGUUUUAUUAUUUUAAUUUUUUUAAAACUCUCUUUAAUAGGAUUUUCAGUACCACCAAACCAUUUUGGAUUUUUGCUCCUUCCCUCUUCAUAUACCAGGUGUAUUAUUAAAAGUGUGCUUUCUUUUUAACCUUACAUUAGGGUCACAGAGUAAAAUUCCCCUACUGAUAUCCAUUUAUUCCAGCCAAGUACAUAAAGAAGUUUCCACCAUAAUGACCCUCCACAGCUGGGAAACCUACCACAAGAUCUAAAGUUUUGGCUAUCCAUUAACCUCCAAUUAUGGUCUUUAUUUCUUGUGGUAAAAUGAUGUGCCUUUCCUUGCCUAAAUCCCUUCCUGGUGUGUAUCAACAUUAUUUAAUGUCUUCUAAUUCAGUCAUUUUUUAUAAAUAUGUCUAUAAACAUUGAACUUUAACAAAUCUUAUUUAUUUAUUCCAUUACUGUAGCAAUUGACAGAUUUAAGAAAAUGUAACUUAGUAAUUUCUUACCAUAUCCUAAAUCUGUCUUUUUUACAAAAUAAAAUUAAAAAUGAGAAGAGA